CAUCUUCUUUUUUUCAUCAUUUAAAUGUUAAAUGUGUUAAGAUUUGAAUAUUUACGCAGUCGUUAGGGAACUACCUUAUACGAAUGAUCUAAGCACAUCAUCCAGUACAUAAAUAACACAAAAGAUAUUAAAAUACUUAAUUCUACUUGAUUUGUUUAUUAUAGCAGAUUAUAAAGAUAAAAUAAAAUGAAUGACUUAACUUUACCACCUUCUCCAAAUUGGUACUUAAAUAAUAUUUGUGCAUGUUCCAAAAAUGGUACUAUUGCAUGGGGAGCUAGCAAUUUUAUUGUAAUUACAAGGCGUCAACAAGAUAGCAAGAUAUUAAAUUAUUCUAUUAUUAAAGAUGCUCAUAAAGAAAGAAUCAAUGCAUUAGCUUUUUCACCUGAUUAUGGAAAGAAUAACAAAAAUCUAUUAGUAUCUGGUGGUGAUGAACAUACAGUGAAGAUAUGGAAUUUAGAUAAUAACUCGGCAAUAAUGACAUACUCAUAUCCAAAUAAAAAACAAACUGUUAUAGGAGUUGAUUGGUGCAUCAAAGAUCCUAAUAUAAUAUAUUGCAUUAGUAAUGAUGGUUUACUAAUAUCUUGGAAUAUACCUUGCAAUGCUUGUAGUCCAAUCCCACUAGGAAAAAUGACAGCAACUUGCCUAUCUGCAUGUCCACAUAAUUGUAAUCUUGUAGCCGUAGGUUCUAAAGCUGGAUUAGUUUAUAUAGUCGAUACACGAGGAAUAGGCUCUAUACGAUAUAAACUAAGAGGUCAUGAUACAGAAAUAUGUAGUUUAUCUUGGUGUCCUGUAGAAUAUAAUAUUCUAACCAAUGAAAAGAAUAAAGAUUGUCUCUUGGCUUCUGGUGGAAAAGAUAAAUCUAUAUUUUUAUGGAGAGCUGGUGGAGAUGGUAGAUAUGAAUUGGAGAUUACUCUACCAAAUUCAUCACUUGAGGCUCGUCACAGUCGAAAUAAGUUGAAUAAAUACUCUGUUAAUAAUUGGACUAGUGUUUGUUGGGCAGUAUCGACACUUUUACUUACUAGUUCAUUUUGGGGAGAACUUCUUGCUUGGGAUUUAAAAUCAUUACUUAAAAAUAAACCUAAAUUGGUUCAUUCUCGUCACAAUAGAUCAGUAUUUUUUAUUUGUAAAGAACCAAAUGUUAAUAAAACUAUUAAUGAUAGUUCGGAAAUAAAUAAUAAAAUUACAGUAUGGACAUCAUCCCAAGAUCGCAAAAUUGUUUGUUGUAAUAUAAAAGAAGACUGUAAUGAAAUAGAGUAUGAUAUUAUUAGUCAAGGUGGAUAUGUCUAUUGUUUAACUUCUUGUCCUUUAGAAACUUCACUAAUUGCAUUUGGUGUAGGCGAUGCAAUGUUACGCAUUUGGAAUUUAUCCGAACAACAUAAAACUUCUCUUGAUAUUACUACAUUAUGGCAGAAAAUAAAAGGCAGUAUAAGAUCUAUUGCAUGGCAUCCAACAAAAGAAAACCUUAUAGCUUUUGGAACUUCGGAAGGUCGUAUUGGUGUAUUUGAUACAAAUGGUAAUAAACCCCCAAUUCUAUACAGGCAAUAUUACAAAACAAUUGUAUAUACAUUACAAUGGGGACCAUAUCUUGGAAGAGAAAAUAAUUAUACUUUAUAUUCUUGUGGAGAAAGCGACCUUAUAUAUUAUACACCAGACAAUCCAAGCCAAGUACCAACAGUCUUAAUUAAGAAAAAAUGCACCGAAUUUUCAUGGAAUCCAGAUUUUUCGUGUUUAGCUGUAGGAUUUCAAAAUGGGACAAUUCAAUUUUAUAAUCGCAAUUUUGAAGAAUGUGGUCAUUCAAUUAGUACUGUGAAUGCAUUAGUAUUUGGUUUGAAAUGGCAUCCUGAUAGUACUACAACAGAUUUAACAUUCUCUCCUUUUAGAAAUUAUAUGGCUGUAACUCAUGAUGAUUCUAUCAUAACUAUACUUGAUCUAUCAGAUCUUUUUGAGAAAAUAGAUGGGAUAAAUCUAUUGACAGAAUCAAUUAAUAAAGUAAAUGAUAAUAAAAUAUCUUCAAGAAUUAUUGGCAAAGUAUAUACUACAUUAAAUGGUCAUAACAAGAAAAUUACUAGUUGUGCAUGGAAUCCACAUUUAAGUGGAUAUUUAGUUUCAUGUAGUUUUGAUUGCAGAGCACAGGUAUGGAAUGUUGAAAAACAAGAAGUGAUAGCAACAUUUGUAGACCAUCAAGGAUUUAUUUAUUCUUGUAUGUGGAGUCCCAUAGAUCCAGAUGUAAUAUUAACAGGAUCAGCAGAUUUAACAUUACGUUUAUGGAGAAUAUCAUCUCAGUCAGUCAUAAUGCCUGAACGAAAGUCUAUUUUAAAAAAGAACACAUCAGUAAAGAAUAAACAAAAAUUAAACGAAGAUAGUAACAAAGGAUCAAAUAAUUGUAAUGUUGAAAAUAUAAAUACUUCGGAAAUAACUACAGAAAAGAAACCUUUAGAAUUAGUAAAAAUUAAAACAGAGAUAUCAACGGCUAUUACAAAAGAGGUACAAAAGAAAAUUGAAGAAAAAAAAUCUUAUUUUCCAAUUCACUCAAAAAUAAUGAACAAUAAAUUAGCUAUCCUUAAAUCCAUUAAAUCUCUUAUUAAAGAUGAAGACAAUUUUUUUAGUUCAGAAUAUCAACUAAAAGAAGAAACUACACUACCUUCUUUAUUUAGUGAAGACGCAAAUCUUUCUGAGAUCUUUAAUAUUGAAAAAUCUAAACUUACUACUCAAGGUAAUCACAUUGAGGUUACAGAGAUGAAUAUGUGGUGUAGUAAUCUUAAAGAAAAUUUGGAAAUUGCUGUUAAAGAGAAACGUCUUAAUGAUACUUUAGUUUCACUUUCGCCAAGUCUUUCAAUGAUGACAUGGCGUGAAAUGUGUGAAGCAUAUGCAAAUCAAUUAAUACUUGAAUCAAAUCCAACUAAAGCAGUAUCAUUUCUACUUUGUAUUCAUAAGAUUUACGAAGCUAUAGAUGUUUUCCAAAAUGCACAAAUGUACAAAGAAGCUUAUUGUCUUGCUAGAUCUCAGUUGGAUCCUAAUGACGAAAUAAUAAAAAAAAUAUUAGAAAAUUGGGCAAAAUUUGAAUGUGGAAAAGGCAAUUUUGAAGGUGCAGCACAUUGUUAUGUAAAACUUGGAGCUUACUCGGAAGCAGCUUCUUUAUUAGCACGUAGAAAAGAUGUUGACAGUUUAAUAUUAGCUUCUAAAUUAGCAUUGUUAUCUGAUGAAUAUGUUUUAAGCAAAUCAUUAGUAGAACAAGCCUUAAUGGAAGCUUUAAAAAAGUCAGAUAUAUGUAUUGCAGAAAAUAUAAUCCAGAGGUUUCCACAAAUUAAGUAUUUAGAGGUGCUAGUCAAAGUGUUUGUAGUAUUGCAAAAGAUAAUUAACAAAGAUAUAAAAGAAAAUACAAUUUAUGCUUGGAUAAAGGGUGAACUUGAAGAUGGUAUAUUACAAAUUUGCAAAGAUUAUUACGAAGAGUAUAAAGAUUAUUAUAAUGACCUUUAUCAAUACAACUUUAAUCAAGUAAUAGAUAAUCAAGCAACAUUGUGGAUAAAUGCUAGUAGCCAGUUAGCAAUGGCAAUAAUUUGUGAUUCAAUGGAAAAACGAUUAACUCAUUUGAUUAAUGUAUACAGUAUUAUUUCUAAAUUUGAGAUACUGCAUCGUAAUCAUGGAAGUCCUUUUAUUAAAGUACUUGUAUAUUUAGAUAAUACAAGUCCUAUAGAAGAUAAUAGCAUUUAUGAACGAAAAUGUUCCCUAUCCAAAAGCUUACGUGCUUAUUUGUGCGUUGGACUUCUGAAUUGGAUUGUUGACGAAGAUAGUAACGUAUCUAUAAAUGAUCAAAGUAUUAAAAUAAUACAAUUAAUAGAAAAUGUACUUGAAGAUAUUAUUGAAAAACAAACAGUGAGAUUUUGGUCUGUUACUAAUGAAAUCUCAAAAUUAGAGACUCAAAUACUUAACACUUUAGGUAAAACGCAGAAAUUUGAUGAAAGUUCAGUUAUUGAAGAUGGAACGGUUUUAGUGAAAAAGCUUGAUAGCAUUAAAAACGAAAAGAGACAAUUUAUUAGCGAACGUAUAAAUUCCCCAAGUCCUAUUUUAGCAUUUAGUAAAGCUAAUGAUUUAAUAGAUAAAUUUUUCACUGAAACUUUUAUAUCUACGUUUUCAAUGAAACUUGAUAAGAUAUGGACAAAUGCUAUUUCAUAAUAAGUAUUAAUAAUA